GAAGUCGAGUAUCCAUGACAGCCUGGAUGUUGUUGUUGUGACUCUUAUUGAAAUAAAUGCAUGCGAACGAUUUAAGUGAUUAGAUAGGUAGUUAUGCAAAAUUUUGUACUGUACAGAAUUUCAAUAUGUAAUUUUUAUAUUAACAUUUUAAUAUAGUUGAGCUCAUAUUUUUUCAUAAAGUCAUUAUAUUUGCAACAGCUAACUGAAUAGCUUAUAUUUGACAAUUUCGCCAAGCUAUUUACGAACAAAGGUAUAGAUACUAUAUUACUUGUAUUGCUUAUAGCUAGUCUGCAAAGUGGAGAGGUGAGGGACGGGUGAAAACAAUGGUUGACCCCGGUCAACAGACACACAGCUGGGCUGGGGGAUCAGAAGAGACGCUGGGGGAGGAAGGAAUGACUGUAGAAGUGGUUCGUUAAAAGCUGAGGGUAGUAGAAUGAUUUCACGUUACACGAGACGGCCAGUAUCGCACAGCCUCGAAAUACGUGGGUUAUCCCGGAGCAAUCUAGAUCACCACCCACUCCCCGAGGAAGCUGAUGGCUACUUGCCAAAGUAUCCCUUACAUGGCCGGCAGGAGGCAUUCUCUACUUGCAACAGCUCCGAGGCCUCUGGAGAAUCUGGGAGGUCGUCAGUCACCACCAGUGAGACUGAAAGGUCAUGGUCUGGCAUCCAUAGCUACUCUGGUACUGGCAUCUCCACAGAGAGAAGCUCGGUAUUUUCCUGGGGUUAUGAUGAGUUCGACAAGGCGGCUUCACGGCAGGUGCAGCGGAUGUUCGAGGAGAUUGACGAGCAGCUCUAUGAGUGCCGGAGCGAUGGGCAGCUUGGGGGGCUGCGGGAGGAAUGCCAGCAGUGGGCAACCAGAUUCCCUCACCUUCGGAUACUGGGAACUCAGCUAGUUUGUCCAACUGAUGAUGGCUACCAGUGGUUUUCCAUCACUGAGAUGGGGGCUGCCAGGGAUGCAACGAGUACCGUAGAUGACAAUACUACUGAGCUGAGUGUCCAUGGUCGAAAAGCAAUGCUGUCCAAGUUAGGUGUGGAAGCAGAACAUACCUCUACCAGUGACGACCGACCCCGGAUUAUUGAGGCUGAGGGACUCAUGGAGGAAUACUUGGCAUUUGACUCCCGGGACUUGGACGAGGACUGGGAGCGCGACUGCAUGGGGAGUGGCCGGCACAGGUGCGGGUUCCCUCCCGUCUCGCCGUACCGGUGUCGGCGGCAGGCGAUCCUGGACCUGCUGUUCGACGACGUCUGGCGGGAGCUGGUGGGCUGGACGGGCGAGCUAAUACGCAGGCACUGGGAGGGCUGCAUCUCUGAUGAGGAAAAGAACACUGUCAGCCUGAGCCCAGUGCAGCCAGACCCCCGAGACCCUUACAGCCCCCUGCCCACAGUGCUGCCCAGGCUGAGCCAGAGCCGGCUGCCUCAGCUUACUGCCAGCCUGCAGCUACAAUCCAACAGAGUCCCAGUGGGAGCAGCAGUGACCCAUCAGAACCUCAAUGACCUCAUUGUCAUCCACGGAAUCCCCCUUCAACAGAGGAACCUUGGUGUCUUAGCUGACAAAACACACGACGCUGAAGAGAGGGUGUCCCAUCGCCCGAGCUCCAGCGUCAUUACGUCCAGCAAGCCGCGCUCACGCCGGGCCCUAGAGCAAAGCUCCUCCUCGCUGCUGAGACCCGCGCAGUCGGCAAGGCGCCGAAACCCGCCCCCGCGGACCCUCCUGCCCCUAGUCCCCGGUCCCGUGCAGCCCAGCACAGCAGGACCCAUGGACGAAGGCAUCAGGGGAACGAGGCUGGCAACUGUCAGUGACAGACAAGUUUCCCCACUGAUGCCACUUAGCCGGAACAGCCUUCUUCCCCCCAUCGGUGUCGGAGACAUGGAGACCUUCACCAACCAGCAUCUUCGACCAUGCCUGCGGCAGAGGGCACACGCCAACAGCCGGACUCAUAGUGCCGUCACGGACGAGGCGGGGGCCUCCAUUCCCCGGGACAGACUGCACCUGCUGGACAUCUUCUCUCGUCCGAAUACCACUCAUACCUACAGGUCAGAUACUCCCUAUCGCCGCUCUUUCACAAUCCUGGACAACAUCGGGCUGAGCCGAACUGGCAGAGCUUCUGUGGGCACUGACUGCUUGGAUAUCGGAGUGACUGGCAUCAGCUUGGGAAUUAGCAGUUCUUCUUUUCUGGACUCAUUCACGCACCACACUGUUGGUCAUUCCCCUAUCGAGGAUGAGGAAGCUCCGCCCCCAGCACUACUGGUCCCUGUGUCAGUCCCAGCUCGAUCACAUAAUCGGGGGGGGCUGACUUCACGGAGCAGCAAACCAGGACUGUAGCACCCCUCCCCUCCAAGAAACCAGACACACCUUAACACUGCAGGAUACCUUUGAACAAGCCAUCAGCAGUGACCUGUCACUUUGCUUUUUUAUGAAAGGACUGUAUGGCAGAUCAUUUUCUAGAGCCCUAUUUUUCUAUGUUUAGCUCACCUGGCUGCCAAAAACAGUCAUAAACAUGGACAUUAAUCAUCUGGGUUUCCAGGCAAAAUUAUAAAGCACAUCUAUGCAGGUAUUCAGGGAAACCAACUCUGGAAACAAUGGAAAGAACAGUCUUUUACAAAUAAUGUGCUUGAUAUAGUGAAAUAUAUGCAUUUUCCAGUAAGCCAUUUUGGAUGAAGUCUUAGUCUAUCAAAUCAGGAUGUGUCUGAGAUCGCUUGAGAACACUGUGGGUGAAUCUGCACAAACACCACCAAUCUACGGAUCUGUGAUAUACACGUCCAACACAUGCAAGCUCUAAAACACCCUAUCCUGACACACAAAAAACAUAACGCAGACCGUCGUGGCAUUCCCACGUUACUAGGACUGUAUUUAAGUCUAGUCAAUUAGCUAAGUAAGGCUUGAAGCUUAUUAUUGUGAAGUAAUGAAUUCCUACUGAACUCACUGUGUUUUUCUUAAAUAAAUAAAGAACUGAAUUUCUAAUGAUUCUGCCAUUUCCAUGGUUGCCGUGGUUACAUAAUUACAAAAUUUAAAUGAAAUGAAUGCAAUAUAUUCAAAAGUAUUACAUGCAUCACAUGUUUAAUAAAUCUUCCUCAAUGUGAACAAGCAGCUCAGUCAUAGUAUGCAUAAGUGUAAUAGUACCUUAAAAUGUCACUACUGAAAACCCUAUGCAUUUCGAAAUGUACUCAGUCAACGUGGAUCAUUUUCUUCAUUUUCCAAAAACUUUAGGUCACCAAGAGCCACUAUUUUCAGGCAAAUCAUAAUUGUCUUGUGGCUUUUCUUAUUUUAUGUACCACUUUUACUCCACGGUUGUCAGAAAUUACUUAAAAUUACUCUUGGUGGAUUUUGCCUUUGAUGGGAGUAGCUAAAUUAGCUAAAAUAUUGGUUUUUGAUCAUUUACUACAAUAUUACAAACUAAACAGUUAGUUCCGUAACUUAUAUAUCUCGCAGGAUACCAUGAGCUUUGAGAUUUAGGGCUAAAUCUCUUUCUGUGUCUUUUAGCCUCUUCCAGUUCUCUGUUACUGUAGCAAACCAAACAUGGCACAAUUAAUGCUGACAUGAAGUUACAAUAGAUAAGCACAAAAGGAGAUCCAACAUUUCUUCUAAAUAUUGAUAAAAUAUUAAGAAAAAAGUUAUAUCAGAGACUGCAUGGAGGAUUCAUAGCUAGUCUUCCUGGGUUCUGCAGAGUGUGAAUGCCACUUAUUUUCAUGUCAUCCAUGUAUUACAAGCUUGAGUGAUGUUCCAGUUCUCUUUACCGCACCUCUUCCCAUUUAUAAAAUUCAGGAUGUCUUCCACUGUGACCUUAAAGGUUAGGUCACUUCAAGCGACACAGUACUGCGCAAUAGGGCAAGCGUCAUCAUAAUGAAGAAUCUGGGUUAGAUUCAGACUGUUCCACAGUCCGUUAAAACACUGCUAUGUAGUCAUUCAGCAUUAAAUACAUGUUCCUAAAAAAUUCAAACACAAGCAACAUUCGGUUUCCAUCCAUCAAUCAAACUGCUUGACCUUGGUGAUAGCCGCUAUUAAAAGCAAUUCUAUUAAUUAUAUAUCAGUUACCUGAUAUAUAUUUUUAAACACUGAAUGUCGAGUAAAAACACCCACAAAAUAAACUCAGUCUGCAUGCAAAUGUCUGGAUUCAGCAGAACUCUGUGUUUACAGGAUACUUAACUGAUUUUACUACUUUACUACGACUCAUACGAGACCUUAAUCGCUUCACACGUUGCACCCCUGCUGCCACGUUUUUGAAGACCGAAGUGAUCGCCAGACUCAGCUGAAAUGCCAUUUUAUGAAAGACAAGUAACUUAUUAUUAAGAUUAGAAACAUCCAAAGAUUUUUCAAGGUAACUAGUUACAUGGAAAUAAAUGGACAUUACAGGGAAGUUAUGCUCACGUUGUGGGACUUUAUUCAAUUCAAACAACACUGAGUAUCUCAAACUAUCUCCAAACCACUGGGGUAUUUUGUAAUCAUUACACAGAUGCUUUGUUUCUGAAAUCUCAGGAGUAAAUUUUGUGAUUGUGCAGAAAAUACUGGUGUAUGUGGGUGUGGAUGCUUGAUAUUUUGCUUUUAUUACUGUAUUUUAAAGUGGAUCUGAGCCAACAAGCCAUCUUAAUGUUUUUCGGUUGCUUUGUUUACGUAUGUAAUUUUGGUGUGUUUGGUGAUUAAAUGUAGAUACAUGCGAUUGAACACUGAA